AUGCUGUGCAAAACCUGCGAAAGGAGUGAGUCGAACUAUUUAUGCCACGUUAUCUCUGCCUUCUCACUUGCCAUUGCCGGCUUGCACUUUACACAUCAGGUUUCGAGGCAAAUCGGUUGGACAAAGUAUCGGGACGUGGACUACACUGACUGGAAUACUGACGAUGCGUAUGACACGGAGGCGAUCGACGCGGAGGGGGAGGCGAGGGAGGGCCCAGGGGUCAGCGAAGAGCGAAUGCUGCAGCGACUGGUGGAGAGGCUGGAAAGCACUCCCCUGACUGCCUCCCCGCGCCACGUGUCCAGGGCAGUGCGCAGCGCGGGGGUGCGCCUCUCCCCCCGCCGUGUGACGCUGGCAGCGCGGCUGCUCGCCAGCAGAGGCAGCUGGCGCAGGGCGCUGCUGCUCGUGCACUGGGCCGCUCGCCGCGACCAAUCACGUAUUGACAGGAAGGUGCUGACGUCGCUCAUCGCUGCGCUGGGCUGGCGCUACCCUGAUGCCGUGCUGCAGGCCAUGCGACUCAUGAUGGCUCAAAAGCCUAUGCGUCCUCCUCAACCCGCGCAUGUCUGUGCAUGGCUGAAUGAACCAACGCACAUUCUCUCCGCUUUCCCCAUCCCCACUCCUCUCCCCUCCCCCCAUCCCCACUCCUCUCCCCUCCCCCCAUCCCCAAUCCUCUCCCCUCCCCCCAUCCCCAAUCCUCUCCCCUCCCCCCAUCCCCACUCCUCUCCCCUCCCCGCAUCCCAUCAGCUCCUGAAUGCCUGUGGCGCCAAGCGGCAGUGGAAGGGCGUGCAGUGGGUGCUGCAGCAGAUGCGUAGCGAGGGGGUCGCUCCCGACGCGGCCACCUUUGGGCUGGCCAUCCAAGCCCUGUCGCUGUGCAGCCAAACGCACCUCGCGCUGCAGGUGCUGGCCGAUAUGGAGGCUGCUGGCUUCCCCCCCACCGUCCAAACCUACCGAGACCUGGUGCGAGCACUGGCUGCAGCAGGAAGGGUGGAGGAGGCAGAGGCGGCAGUGAGGGAGAUGCAGGAGCGAGGAAUGGAGGGCAACGCAGGGGUGUUUCACUCCCUUGCAUGCGCGCUCUGCUCCGUUGGACGCUGGCAGGACGCUGUUGCCCUGGUGGAGAAGAUUUCUCGGGCAGAGGAUGCGCAGCCGCCAGUGGUGACGUGGACAGGGCUGAUUCGCGCAUGCGAGCGAAGCAGUCGAUUGGACGACGCGGCCCGGGUUUUCCGGGAGAUGCAGGUGCGGGGUUGCACCCCCAACAUCACCACCUGCAACAUCAUGAUCACUGUCUUUGCCCGCACGGGCAGGUUUGCUGCAGCGGAGGAAAUUUACGCCGCUGCCCGGGCUGGGGAAGUAGGGGAAGAGGAGAGUGAGGGGAGAGCACGAGAGGAGGAAGAGGAAGAGGAGGAGGAGGAGGACGAAGUGGAGGCUGUUGGGGAGGCGAUGACGAGCGUUGGGCAGAUUAGCAAGGAUGGGCAGAAGGAGGAGCAAAACAGGGAGGAGAGUGGGGAAAACGAGAGGGACGCGGACGACGAAGGCGAUGAGGGUGAGAAGGUGUGGAUGGGCAGGAGGCGGGAGGAUCCCCCUCUAGUGCCCAACAGCCACACGUUCUCUGCCAUGCUGGGCGCGUGCGUGCGGUGCCGGCAGUGGCAGGCCGUGAGGCAGGUAGCACGAGACAUGCAGCGGCAGGGGUGGGCGCUGCACGUGCGGCAGCACGGGUGGGUGGUUGAUGCUCUGCUCAAGGGCAAGCAGGCAGCCAUAGCCGAUGAGCUGCUGAUUGCCAUGCGAGGGGGCUCACAGUCGCACACACCCGCAGAGAGCCAAAGUAGGGGUGCUGUGGAGCGCGAGGGAGUGACAGCUGCUGGGGAUUCUGGCGCUGGGAGCAGCAGCCAGGAAUCCAGCCGCGUUAGCAGCGGUAUCCUUGGCAGCAGUCGCGAGUCAAGUCGUGACAGAGCAGGGCUGUCGGGUCAGGAUUAUGGUAGUGUGGGGCAGGAGGAGAGUUCUCCUGGGGUGGAUGGGAGCAUGGGUGGGGAGGAGCAGAGGAAGGUAGCUGCACGGCAGCAGCUUGAGUUGCUGUCGGCACUGACUGUCCUGCUGAGGGUGCGGGAGCUGCUUGAGUCCCAUGCGCCUCUGGACGGCUUUGCUUGGCGUUAUGCGGUGGCGUCGGUGGGCGGGGGACUGACUGGGGUAGAGGUGGAGGAGACUGUGGGAGUGAUGGACGCGUGGGGGAGGGCUGUGGAGGGGCGGGCUUUGGAGGGGCGGGCUUUGGAGGGGAGGUUGGACGAGAGGGUGGUUGAGGGGGAGGUGGUGAGUGGGGAAGGCAUAUCUUGGGCGGUGGCAGGUGCGGAUUCUGCAGGUGUUGAGUCAGGUUGUGAUGAGUUAUUAGGCGUUGAGUCAGCAGGGACACAAGGAGGACCAAAGAGGGGAGCAGAUGCGCGAACAGCAGCAGACACUGCAGCAAGUGGUUCCGACGCAGGUGGUGCUGUUGGUGCCGCUGGUGCCGCUGUUGCUGCUGGUGACCCUGGUGCCACUGGCGCUGCUGAUGCAUCUGCAGCAUCUGAUGUUAUCACUGAAGCAUACCCAGCAUCCUCCCCUGCGGUAGACCCUGGUGUGCUUGCCGACCUUGUAAGGGGGCUGCUUAUAGGGGGGAAGAGGGAGGAGGUUCAAAUCGCGAUGCGAUUGGUCGACCGGAUGGAGAGGGAGGGAUGGGUGGCAGACGCCGGCAUAUACACCAGCCUGCUGCACCGGAUCAUCAGGCUCGGAAUGGGAGCUGAGGCUCGGGAGGUUCUGGCUCGGGCCGAGGCAGCAGGUGUGAAGGUGGAGUUCGAUGAGCUGGAAUUGAAUGACUCUGGAGGGGCCAUGGCUGCCGCAGAAUUCGAGAUCUGCGAAAACUGCGCUCGCCCCAUCCCCGUGGCCAACUUACCGCUGCACACCGCGCACUGCGAGACGCGCCUCGUGCGCUGCGAUGGCUGCGACGAGAUGGUGGCGACAGCUGCCAUGGACCAACACAUGGCAGCCGUGCAUGCUCCGGCGCCCUGCUCGCUGUGUGGAGAGCCCAUGGAGCGUCGGCUCCUGCCAGAGCAUGAGGCAUCAGCCUGCCCCCUGCGCUCCCUGAUCUGCGCCUUCUGCGACCUCCCUGUCACCGCCAUGGACCUCCAAUCCCACACUGAUGUGUGUGGCAGCCGUACGGACAGGUGUGAGAUAUGCAGCAAGUACGUGCUGAAGAGGGAUCAGGAAGCGCAUCAGCAGCAGCACCUGCUGCAACCAUCUCCACACAAUGCUGCCACUCCCAGUGCCAGCAGAGACGGCACCGGAGCAGGUUCAUCUCGAAAUGCCCGCGAGCCUCUCAGCGUUUCGAAUGGUUUAUCUGGUAGAUCGCCUGGGAGUGCUGCGCGUGGUGGUGCUAGUGAUGGUGCUGGGGGUUCUGGGGGGAUAAGCAGCGUCGCUGCUAGCGGCGAGCGUUUGAUGACCCGGCAGAAAACAGCCGUUUUGGCGAGUAGUCACGGUGAUAAUAACGGCGCUAGUAGUGACUAUAGUGGUGGAGACACUACCAAUGGCAACAGCGGUGCUAGGAGUGACGGCAACAGAGGAAGCAACAAGAAAGCUACUGCCUCCUCUGCACAUGCAGCAUCUUCUCCGUCGGUCGGAAGCAGCCCGGAAGCUUCGUUUCUAGGGCCGGUCGGGGAGAUGCUGCAGCGUAACAAGGCGAAGACGGCCGAGUUGCUGGGAAAGCUGCAGUCGUUUGGGGUAGCAGGUGUACUCUCUUAUGGCCUCUUCAAUACAGUCUACUACAUCUUCGCCUUCCUCUUCGUGUUUCUCUACGUGGCCCCGUCCCCUCGAGGCCUGGGCUUAGCAGCAGCAGCAAAGAAUUUUCUGAAGGUCUUUGCAGUGGUGUGGGCCGGCAGUCAGGUCACCAAGCUAGUGCGAGCAGGCGGAGCUCUGAUGCUCGCUCCCUUCAUGGAAAGAGGCAUCGCCGCACUCUCCUCCUCAACGGGCGUGUUCAAGUCCCGAGGCCAGGCUGUAGCAGCCCUAGUGGCCUUCUGCUUUGGCCUCGCUGGGGUGCUCUUCCUGUCAGUCACUGCGCUGUGGGCAUGA